CAAACAGACGCCAUUGAAUUCUGUGGAGAGAUUGUUAGCAGACCGAAACAUACAAGAUGGAGGAGGAAGUAGCCACUGGAAGUGACAAUAUUGUCACUGAAUUCAGCACUUAUGAAGAUUUUUUAGAUUCACAGAUCAAUUCUAUGGAUGUCUACUACUUAGAAGAUCAAGAACUUGCUAGACAACUUGUUGAACUUGGCUACAGAGGUAGUGGAGAAGUUUUGAAACGUGAAGAAUUUGAAGCCAGGAAACAGGCAGCAGAGGCUAGUAGGCUGUCAAAGCGAAGUCAGCAAAAAAAACUUGCUAGUGAUGAGAAAGUUAUCAACGACCCUCUUUUGGCAGCUCUCGCUGCUAGAGAAGCAGGCAACAGGAAUGGAAAAAUGACAUCUAUCGUCUUCAUUCGAGACCGGAACCCGAGGGGCCAGGAGAUAUCAGGCUACAUCGACUAUGCCUACAGGCUCAAGACUGAAGACUUUGAGCCAUAUUUCAGCUCUAAAAAGAGGCUUUUACCUAGACCUUCAGAUCUAAGCUUUUACAACUGGGAAACAGCCACCUCAACCUCGAACCCAACUCCCAACUAUCAAGUGAUAGCAGAAAAUGCAUCUGGCUUACUCUUCAAGAACAAACGAGACAGGAAAAUUAUCAAUGUCGACCCAAAGGCUCCCAAUCCAGGUGACAACUCAGAGCGGCAUGUGAUCAACACAAAUAAGUACAUUCAAGUUGUCAUUUAUGACCACAUCAACCGCAGAAAAACAUAGAACAUUUUCAGAUUUGACUUACAUUGUUGUACAGAGGCUAAUUAUCCUCCAACUUAACAGAGGCAGAAAAGGCAGAGAAGAUAGUUCAUAAAGUAUUUCAAUCUUUGGGCAUGUGCCAUUGUUUUCUGAGUUUAACUAAAAGCAGAAGUCUCAUGAUGGAAUCAUAUUUUCCGAGUUGCAUAGGCUAUAACUCAGAUUGCAUAGUUUCAUGAUUGGGCAUGUUGACUACCCGUGAUGUCCAACUAGACAAAAGCACCAUCAGAGAUGUCAGUUUUAUAUAUGAACAAAGGCAGACCGAACUCAUCAACACUUCAUUUUUUUAAAUUACCACCAUUAUCAGAUUAGUCGUGCUUGUUUUUAGUGGACUUCACUAUAAGGCCUAUGUACAUCCAAAGGGAAGGGGGGAGGCAGAGAGAGAGAGAGAGAGAGAGAGAGAGAGAGAGAGAGAGAGAGAGAGAGAGAGAGACAAA